ACUUAAUGGAAAACCUUCAAGAAGAUCUAGAUGUUAUUUUAGAUAAGCUCUGUGAUCCACUUCCAUGCGAAAAAAUGACGCCAAAAUUAUGGAGGCAGUAUCAAAUGGCAAGUAAGUGCUGGAUAUGUGAAGAGAAAUUACACGUAUCAGGAUACAAUAAAAUUCGGGUAUUCGAUCCAGAAACCAAAAAAUAUUUAGGUGCUUCACAUAGAAAAUGCCAUGGGAAAAAGCCAAUGAUUCAAGACGAGGAAAAAAAUAGAGUAAUAGAUCAUGACCAUAUUACUGGAAAAUUUCGGGGGCCAGCUCAUAGUGGAUGUAAUUUAAAAUUACGAAUUGAUCCAGAAACAAUAAAAAUUCCGGUAUUAUUCUGUAAUGGAAGUGGCUACGAUUUUCAUCAUCUAAUGCAAGAAAUAGCAAAAGUGACGGAUGAAAAAAUA